GGACAUGCCCAGCUGCCCGUGCAGUGGGAAGGAGCUGUGGGAGGGAAAGAAACUGAUCCCAGGAGCAUCCGAAGUUCGCGGUUACGAGGAAGAUCCAGCCGAGACCCGAGCAAGGACGUCCCAGGGGCGCUGCGAGGACUUCUGCACCCAGCCUUGCCGUUCAGUCCUCCAUGGCGAGAAUCUCUGCUCCCACCGCUCUAGCCAUUUUCCUGACUUGCCUCUUCUCUGGGGCACACGGCCAGACCCCAAGGGCUUUCCAGGAGAGCACGGUCCCCUUUGAGGUGCUCAGCCAGGAGCAGGCUUACAGUCUGGUCCAGGCAAGCCUGUUCCAGGAUGCCAAGCUGUUGAACCACUCGGAGAGCCUCCCCAGGAGCACCAGCUCCGAGCCACCCCUGCUGCCCGUGUGUGUGAAGCCUGCAGAUAUCAGACACAUCUUCAAGUACAUCAACACCAUCGUGUCCUGCACCAUCUUCAUAGUAGGUAUCAUCGGGAACUCCACGCUCCUGAGGAUCAUUUACAAGAACAAGUGCAUGAGGAAUGGGCCAAAUGUCCUCAUUGCUAGCUUGGCGCUCGGAGACCUUCUCUACAUCCUCAUUGCUCUGCCCAUCAACGUAUAUAAGCUCUUGGCAAAGGACUGGCCCUUUGGCGUGCAGGUCUGCAAGCUCGUCCCCUUCAUCCAGAAGGCCUCAGUGGGCAUCACGGUCCUCAGCCUUUGCGCUCUCAGCAUCGACAGGUACCGAGCAGUGGCGUCCUGGAGUCGGAUCCAGGGGAUAGGAAUCCCCAUGUGGAAGGCCGUGGAGGUGACGCUGAUCUGGGCGGUGGCCAUCGUGCUUGCAGUCCCCGAAGCUAUAGCCUUUGACAUGGUGGAGCUCAGCUACUGGGAACGACACCUGUGGGUGUGCAUGCUUGCCUCCGAACAGAAAUCCAGCUUCAUGAUGUUCUACCGUGAUGUGAAGGACUGGUGGCUUUUCGGCUUCUAUUUCUGCCUCCCCUUGGUAUGCACUGGCAUCUUCUACACCCUCAUGUCAUGCAAGAUGUUGAGCAAGAGAAAUGGCAUGAGGAUUGCUCUGAAUGACCACAUGAAACGGCGCCGGGAGGUGGCCAAGACUGUGUUCUGCCUCGUGGUGAUCUUUGCCCUCUGCUGGCUGCCGCUCCACCUCAGCCGCAUCCUCAAAAAGACCAUCUAUGACCAGACGGACGCCAACAGAUGUGAACUGCUCAGUUUCCUCCUAGUGAUGGAUUACUUUGGGAUCAACAUGGCCUCCCUCAACUCCUGCAUCAACCCUGUGGCUCUUUACUUCGUCAGCCGGAAAUUCAAGAACUGCUUCCAGUCCUGCCUGUGCUGUUGGUGCCAGAGGCCGGCCCUGAGCAUCACACCAACAGACGACAAGGGCUAUGUUGGGAAGUGGAAAGCCAACGGGCAGGAGCUUGGGCUGGACCGGAGCAGCUCCCGCUUGAGUAACAAGUACAGCUCUUAGCAAGGCCGUGGCACCCGCGGGGCCGAGAGGAGAAGGCACUGUGCCAAGACGGCAGCACCCCUCCAUUUCUCUCACGCGGCCGUUUCCCGGCUGGGCCCGAGCCGUUUUUGCCUUUGUGUCGUAACCCACCUGGAAGGAGCUGCAGCAUUUCGUGGACCCCUGGGACUAGCUCUGAACGCAGCCACCGAACCACGCUGAUCCAUCCUCCGGUCCGAGUCGCCUCUGGAGGAGGGGGAAGGGGAUUCAGAUCCUUGUAGGAUUCUUCAUUUCCUGCAGGAAAACCAAGUGACUUACGGCCCUUUGUCUCGGGUGGAAAGGUGGGGUGGGGAGAUGUGGUGAAAAGGGAAGGAAGGUUGAGAUGUGGUCACUUUGAGAUGGCUGUGGGAUGAGGUGGAGAGGGAGAGGACCGUGAGUGACAAUUUCCAUCUGAAAAAGCCAGAGAAAAGCUUUGAUAACGUCCCUUAUCAUCUCCUGCUGUUGCUGGGACAGUUUGUCCCCGGGCAUAGAGCCAGGACAAGAUCCAGGCACCACGUAUGCCUGGUAGACCAUCAACGGCCCGAAAUCUCCUCCUGUUCGUGGCAGGGAGAGAUGGGCAGUUACCUGGCGUCAUUGUGUGACCAGCCUGACCUGGGGAGCCCUAAAAGCACCCCCUCCUCUUUACCUUUUCCUGGGAAAUCUGCCCCAGGCCCCCCACGCAGGGGCGAUGCUCACCCCACCUCUGUGUGGCACAAGUGAUUACACGUGACUGCACAGCUUGGGGGACCAGGUGUCCUUGGCAGAAGCUGGCGGAGCAUCCAGCCAAAGCACCGCUCCAGCUUCCCCCUCCGCAGGGACAGGCGAGCUCCUGGCUAGCCAGGCACGUUGCUGGCCCAAGGGGCCGGGGGAGGGUUUGUAAGCCCUGGAAAGGGAAGGCAGAGAUGGCUCAAAUCUGGAUGAGGCUGGGACCAAGGAACCGGCCCGCACCUUUCCAGCCCCCUGCGUAAGCUGGAAGCAGCCGAUUCUCCCCCCCAACAUAGGAUGCAAGGGAGAGGAUCCAGGAGAUGUGCCCUUCCAGAAAAGCAUCCGGCCUUCAGCAGCUGUAAAGCCCCCAGCCUCCUCCCGCUGCUGGCUCCUGGGCCGGGGAUCGCCUGCAAGACCACAGCUCUCAAGGCAAAACGGGGGUGCCCUGCAUUUUGAUGCCUCUGGUUCGUCUUCCCCCAGCCAACGAGGCUGAGCUCCGACGGGGCAGUGGGGCUGGACCCCGGUGCGUCGCGGCCACAGCACCACGACACCAAGGUUCAUCCAUCUGUAAGGGAGAGAGAUGCUCGUCCUCAUGGUCGAACUAAGGUGGAAAAGGCAACGGGGAAGGUCCGAUCUCAGCUGAAACAGCUGCUGGAGCUAACCGAAAUAGGGCAAGGAGCUUUCACAAAUUUACUGUUUAAAAUAAUUAAGCCCCGAGUGCUUUUCCAGCAUGUUUUUUCUAAAAAAAAAAAAAAAAUCACGCUCGCACCUCUUGCCAAAACUUUAAGAAAACCUAUGAGAAAGUUUUAGUUACCAAGUUUUUGGUCAUUUUGCUGUUGGUUUCUUCUUCCCUCUUCCCUCUCUCUCUUUCUUUCUUCUUUUCAUCUUGUCAUGGAAAAAAACAGAGAGAGGAAAAAGGGAGAAAAGACCUGCAACUGAAGCAAAACGUUUUCCAGGCGUUGGGUUUUUUUUUUUUAGCUUAGCUUUCACUGAAGUGCAGACGUUUUACCAACAAAUCACAUUUCUGAAAGGCAAACGGGUUUCAACGAAAACAGGAGGACUGAGGAAUAUCUAGAGCAGCAUGUUUUCUAUAAACUUACCUACCCACCGGAGCGGAUUUGCCUGGGCUCGCCUCGCAGCACUGCUGCUGUGCUCUGCGCUAGAGCCGGCUGCGUCUUGUUGGUGGAUGGGCAAAGUCAACGGAGGAAACUGAUAAAGACUGAAAUGUUCCAGCGCAGACAUCUUCGUAGAAGGAUUUUUUUUUUUUAACGAUUGUACUUAUAAAAAAAAAAAAGAAAAAUCUGAAAUCUA